AUGAGUGAACCUGUAUACAAUGCAUCCACGCCCGCCGGUGGGAAUCCAACCAAAGUAGACGUGAAUGCGCAAUACACAGGAUACGAGUAUAAUUACACCUACAUUGUCUUCUGCGGCUUCAUCGUCUGGCUCAUCAUCCCGGGCAUCGGUCUGCUCUAUGGUGGUCUGGCCCGGAGGAAGUCCGCGUUGGCUUUGCUGUUCCAGUCGCUGAUGGUUGUCGCGGUCACCACCUUCCAAUGGAUGUUCUGGGGAUACUCGCUUGCAUACUCGAGGGAUGCCGGCCCAUUCAUCGGCACACUGAAGAACUUUGGAAUGAUCAAUGUGCUAGCAGCCCCGUCACCAGGCUCGGCCGUCUUGCCAGAGAUCGUCUUCUGUCUGUAUCAGCUUCUGUUCUGUGCCUGCACGGUGAUGAUUGUCGUCGGUGGUGCCUUUGAGCGAGGCAACAUCUUGCCAUCGUUAGUCUUCAGCUUUUUCUGGGCAACUGUGGUCUACUGCCCCAUCGCAUGCUGGACAUGGAACCCCAACGGCUGGCUAUAUAACUUACCAUCUCUGGAUUUUGCUGGCGGGGGUCCCGUCCACAUUUCCUCUGGCUGGUCGGCGCUUGCAUACGCCUUUGUGCUCGGCAAGCGCAAGCAUCACGGCGAAAAAUCCCAUGGAAAACCGCACAACACCACCCUAGUCUUCUUGGGCACCACGUUGAUCUGGUUCGGUUGGUUUGGCUUCAACGGCGGAUCCGCUCUCAACGCCACUGUCCGGGCCAUGGUUGCUGCCUUCAACACCAACACGGCUGCCUGCACCGGUCUCCUUGGCUGGGUGCUCGUGGACUACAUCAAACACAAGGGUAAAUUCUCGGUCGUGGGAGCGUGCGAGGGUGCCAUCGCUGGCCUGGUGGGUAUCACACCCGCGGCUGGGUUUGUGUCUGUGUGGCUAGCGGCAUGUAUUGGCUUUAUCACCGCCAUCGUCUGCUCGCUCUUGCAGGACGUCAACGACUGGCUCAACAUCGACGAAGGCAUGGAUGUUUUCAAGCUCCACGGAAUUGGAGGUAUGGUGGGCGCCUUCUUGACCGGCCUGUUCGCAACGGAAUCCAUCUCUGCUCUGGACGGCGUGACGCUGGCGGGCGGACCCAUCGACGGCAACGGCAUCCAGGUCGGCAAGCAGCUCGCGGAGGUGUGUGCUAUCUCGGCAUACUCGUUUGUAGUCACUUAUAUCCUGCUGUUCCUUCUCCGGCUCGUCCCCGGGAUGAACCUGCGCGUCGACGAGGAGUCAGAGAUGAUUGGCUUGGACCGCGCACAGUUCAUGGACGAGCAGAUAGGCGACUGGACCAUGACUGAGUGCGAGCCGUCUCUGCCUGCGGUGGGUAUGACCGUGAUGCCGUCAAAGAACGAUCUCCCGAGCUCCCAAGAGCCGUCAGAGGUGCCAAGUGACGGACUAUGA